GUCAGCUCCAAGCCGUCGUCCCCGAGACCCAGCUCGCUCCGACAUGGGCGUCAGCGCCAAGGCACCCCUGGCGGGCGGCGCCACCGACCAGCGCGCCCCCUCGCACCCGUCCUGGCUGCCCGGCAGGAGCCCCCAGUUCGUCGCCACCAUCGUGGUGAACCUGAUCGCCUUCUCCUUCGGCGCGGCUGCCGGCUGGUCUUCGGUGGCGGGGCCGCAGCUGCUGUCCAUCGGCGUGUCCGAGGAGGCCCUGUCCUGGGUGGCGGCCAUCGUGUGGCCGGCGGGCAUGGUGGGCGCCGCGCUGUUCGGGCCCCUCACGGAGCGCUGGGGCCGCCGCCUGUCCGGCCUCCUGGUGGCCGUGCCCCUGGUGGCGGGCUGGGCCGCGCUCAUCCUGCCCGCCUUCUGGACCGACUUCACCGCCAAGGACACCGCCACCGCCAUCACCAUCACCAACGUGACCGCCGGCGCGACGUCCGCCGUCGCUGACGGCGUGCUCGAGGCCGCGCCCAGCACGGACCUCGUCCUCGCCGUGGUCAUCCUGGGCCGCGUGCUGCUGGGCGUGGGCAUGGGCGGCACGCUCAUCGUGUGCCCCAUGUACGUCGGCGAGGUGGUCGAAGACAACCUGCGCGGCCAGCUCGGCUCCUACAUGCCCCUCUUCAUCAACGCCGGCAUCCUCUACGUGUACGCCGUGGGCGCGCAGGACAUAAACCAAGACGCCGUUCCAGGGGCGAUAGCAGCUUACACUCCAUUAGGACAAAAUUUUGAUGCCUUUGAUUUACCAGUGAGAUUAUGA